AUGGAGCCGAGUUGUGUGCAGGCAACUAUGGCUAUGCUUGAUGUCUCAAAAAAACCAUCCUCUAUUUCUCGGAGUGUUGCCGUGGAGCGCAAGAAUCUCAUCACCGUUUGCAGGUUUUCAGUAAAGACUCUGUUGGAGAAGUACACCGCCGAGCCCAUCGAUGACUCAUCAGAGGAGUUCAUCAACUUCGCAGCUGUCCUCGAGCACAUCCUCAGCCACAGCUUCACAGGGUCGGGCAGCUGGUUUGAUGGACAGCGCAGCUACUGGGACUUCAUCAGGCUGGCCUGCGGAAAGGUCCAGAACAGCUGCAUCAGCAGCAUUGAGAACAUGGAGAACAUCAGCACCUCGCGGGCCAAGGGUCGAGCCUGGAUUCGAGUAGCCCUGAUGGAGAAGAGACUCUCUGAAUACAUAUCCACUGCUCUGAGGGACAGUCGGACAACCAGGAGGUUCUAUGGUGAUGGGGCCAUCAUGCUAAGGGAAGAAGCCACGGUCCUAACAGGGAUGCUUAUUGGACUCGGAGCCAUAGACUUCAGUUUCUGUCUAAAGGGGGAGGCCCUGGAUGGAAAAUCCUCUGCUGUCAUCGACUACACACCAUACCUAAAGUUCACACAGAGCUAUGACUACCUGAGUGAUGACGACGACCGUCGGAGCAUCGACAGCAGUACCAGCGAUGACAGUGUCCCUGAGCACCCCUACGUCCCGCUGGUCACCAACGAGGAGAGCUGGGCCAACAAGUGCCGCAAGAUGGAGCAGAGGUUCAAGAUUGUCUACGCUCAGAAAGGCUAUUUGGAGGAGCUGGUGCGUCUGCGGGAAUCCCAGUUGACAAACGUGGAGACGGAGAACAAGGAGCUGAACGCGAGGCUGGUGGAGCUGGAGGAGCAGAGCCAGCAGGAGAAGAGGGAGCUGGAGGCCAUCGUGCUGGAGCUGCAGGAGCAGCUGACGAGCCUGAUUCCGUGUGACUCCAACAUUUUGGCCAAAAACCUGUCAAUCCCUCUCGUCAACCAAUGGCAACAGCCCUACAACAAUCAUGACGAUGGCAAGCUCUUUCGCAGGAGGAGCUUCCCCAGCACAGAGCUGCUGUCAGUGGUCAGCCUGGACUCCGACUCCCAGAAUACCGCAGGGCAGCAGAAUGGAGAGGCGUGGUGCACAGCAGAUAAAGACUACACCCCUUCCAUGAUGGUCCUGUGUGGUUCUCUAAACUCCCUUCCCAGCUGCAAGUCCCUGGCAAGCCUUAAGUCCAGCGAGUGCCUGGUCCACAUCAGCACAGACAACAGCCCUGCCCUCUCUCCCAGCUAG